AUGGAGGUCCUACGCACCAUCUUCAAGCGCAGCAAGCCAAAGGUGGUUCAACCGCCAAAGGUCCCCACCGACGAUGUCUACCCCGUCCAUUUCUUUGACGACACCAAGCCAUUCCGUGGCAUGCUCCUGAACUGGACCCUUCGUUUCGACGAUGUCCUCGACGCCGACAAGCUCCAGAGCUCGUUGUCGCGGUUACUUGAAAUCGGAGACUGGAAGAAGUUGGGCGGUCGCAUGAGGCUCAGCCCCGACGACAAGCUCGAACUUCACGUACCUGAAUGCUUCACCCCGGAACGACCUGCCAUCCGCUUCUCCCACGAUGUUCACGACUUUCCCAUCGCAGACCACCCUAACGCAAAGCACCUCCCCAAGUCAACCUCAGUCCCCUCAAUACAGCCCGGUGUGGUAAACUUCUACACUCUCGGUGCCCGCCCCGGCGCGCCCAUGACCCUCGAAGAUCUCCUCACUUCCGAUGAACCCCAGAUCCACCUGCACGUCAUCUCCUUCACAGACGCAACCGUCGUCGGCCUUCUCUUUUCACACGUUCUCUUCGGCGCCGCCGGCAUGCAAUCUCUUGUCACAAACUGGUCCCUCGUCAUGGCCGGCCGCGAAGCCGAGGUCCCUGCCCUCUGCGGUGCCCGAGAAGACAUUCUUGAGGACGUCGGCGUCCAAUCUGACCCAGACAAGGAGCCCUUCCUCCUCGACCCCCGCCAGCUGAAAGGUCUCCGCCACCUGCGCUUCAACAUCCGCUUCCUCUGGGAUAUGUGGCGCCGUCCAGAAAUCGAGUCAAAGGUCCUCUGUCUCCCCCCAAAAUUCGUCUCAGACCUUCGUGCCCGCGCCAUGGCCGACCUGCACGCGAUGGACGAAAAGGGCGCUCUCGGCGCAGAAGAAGAAGCCCCCUUCGUCUCCGAGGGUGACGUGCUCACCGCGUGGUGGACCCGUAUGGUCUGCACCGCCCGCGGCGGCAAGCGCUCUGUUACCGUCCUCAACGCCGUCGACAUCACCGGUCGCCUCAAGUCUGUCUUCGCCCCAGGAAAGCACUACGUCCAAAACUUCGCACUCGGCACCUGGACCAUCCUGUCGUCGGCGGAAGUUGUCAAGGCUCCGCUCGGCUACGUCGCAAAAUGCUUCCGCUACGACAUCCAGACCCAAACCACUCCGUCCCAGAUCAUGGCAUUCAUGCGUCGCCUUCGCGAGGCAGGCCGUUGCGGCGACCAGCCCGUUUACGGCAAGCCGGACUCUAUGCUCAUCAUCUUCACCAACUGGAGCCGGUGCAAGUUCUUCGAGUGCAUCGACUUUGCGCCCGCCGUCGUUCCCCGCGUUGACCCUGCCGCCGCUGCUGCUGCCAACAGACACUCUGCCACCUCCGCGGACGGCGAGAUCACCGCCACCGCACCGCAAGACUCGGAAAAGGCCGCUGCGGAAGCGACCGCCACUGAGGUCUCAUCCGAGCUCGCCGCGAAGAAGCCACCUCCGGGGAAGCUGUCGUACCACCACUCCCUCGCGCGCACCCGCAGCGUGCUCAGCAGGAACGUGUUCACCAUCCUCGGCAAGGACUUGUCCGGUAACGUGUGGGUCAGCGCGCUGGGCCACCCCGAGUGCUGGGAGCAUCUCGAGAAGUACAUCGCGACCUCGUCCAAGUAG